AUGCAGGUCCUCCAACUUCCUCUUCAAGCACCAGCCUCGGCGUCGCUGGAACCCAGCAAGUCCAAGCUGUCCAGCAGCCACGUGGUGGUUCCAGAGAAGCGACCACUGCCUCGGGACCUUUUCUCUCCUUCCUUUCAAGAUCUUGUCGACUUGGCUUUGUUUCGAGUCUUUGAUGCAGCGUUCACUCUGGACACACGCCCACCAAGGCUAUUUCCCACUGCCGAGACAGUGUUUGCCCAACAUUUUACGUACCAUGACUGGUUGAACCAUGGGGAUCUCGAGACGGAGCUUGGAAGAAUGAGUUUUAUGCUCUCGAACCUUCCUGAGCGAGGUCUUCCUACGGUAUUUACACCCACCAUAUGCCAGGUCCUUCAGGCUCCGGUCUUAAUGGCUGGUUGGAAACGAGCUGUUCCCCAGCUUAAAGAGAGAGCCCAAGAACAAACACAUUGGAUCAUACGCCAGAUGAAAAAACAGAGGCCAGCUCAAACUGAAGGCAUUCAAAAAUCAGCAUUCAUCACAAAUCCGGUGGAUUAUGAAACAGACGACAUCGCUUCAGGUUUUGCCAGCCAGCUCUGGGCCAGGGCACUGUCGGAAAUGACAACAAGGGUGUGCAAGGGUCAAGCAAGACAAGAUGAAGCAGAAGCCUUUUUGCAAAUCUUUUCUCUCCUCAAAGACCCUUUGGGAGGCUUGGAGAACAUUCCCGACAGAUCUGUCGAGUGUUUUGCCCGCAUGCUGUCGUCCGUUGCUGCAGUGGCACACCAAGCACCAAGAACACAUGCAACCAACCCCGACUGGCCUGCCGCUAUCGCUCAAGCGGCACAGGAAGCAUUGUUCCUUGGGUGUCCAUUGCUUGAGGGGAUCAGUCAUGUCCAUUUCACUGGCCACCAACAGCUGCCCUAUGCCUAUGUGCCUCUGGACAAACUGCCACGCUCCGAGUUCUCCAUCUCGACCCAUGUUGCAACCAUUGUGGAGGAGAUGCUCCUCAACGAUUCUGAAGGUGGCUGUUGCAUUGCCCCCAUUGCAGUCUCGACGUACCCAACACUGCCACUUGGGGACGGGAAGAGGAUACCUGUGAUUAUUGAUGGAAAUCAUCGAGCCAGCGCAACAAUGGUUCUUCGGAUGAUUGCUCAUUAUCCGGAUAUUUUGACAGGGGAAGAUUACACAGAGAUGCUUGACAAGUUUUGCCGUGCUCAUGAGCUUGGUGUCAAGUGGAAGAUCGACCUGACAGAAGUCCUCCAAAUUCUUCGAGGCAGUGCAUUCCACAAACGCCUCUUACAGAGCAAGAUAAGCACAGUGAAGCAAUUUCUCCACGUUGACACUAUUCCGGCACUGGUGGUGCGCGAGGACAACUUUCAUACCGUCUGCCAGCAAAGGCCUCCUUUGGAGGACCGUCCAAGGCUGUUGCUCCCGAUCCAUCAGGCCAUUUACAAUGAUGAGGAGUUGGGUUUUGCGUUUCCACAGGCUGGUCAAGUUCACGGACGAGCUACGGGUUUCAAGCCGAUGAGGUUGAUUCAGGGAGGCAAGUAG